AUGCAACCUUCAGUUCUUCUAGCAAGUACGAACAUGAUGCCUCAAAAUCUAGCUAUGCAGCAGAAAAUCAUAAUAAAAAAUAACCAUGGAGAAAAACUUGUGGGGCUGUUGCACGAGACUGGAUCCACUGAAACUGUAAUAUUGUGCCACGGUUUUCUAUGCACAAAGGAGCACAGGAAUAUGGCGAACCUAGCUAUGGCUUUAGAAAAUGAAGGAAUUAGUUCAUUUCGCUUUGAUUUUGCUGGAAAUGGGGAAAGUGAAGGUUUAUUUGGGUAUAGUAACUACUAUAGAGAGGUUGAAGACUUAAGAGCUGUGGUUGAAUAUUUUAAUGGAGUAAGCCGCCCAAUAAAAACAAUUCUUGGGCAUAGUAAAGGAGGAAAUAUUGUACUCCUUUAUGCAUCUAAAUAUCACGACAUAGAUGCAGUAAUCAAUGUUUCUGGUCGUUAUGAUCUGAAGAAAGGCAUUGAAGAGCGUCUUGGUACAGGCGUUUUGGAAAGAAUUGGGAAGAGUGGAGUUAUUGAUGUUAAAAAUUCAAAAGGAGAAACUCAUCUAGUCACCAAGGAGAGUUUGAUGGAUCGACUUAAUAUAAACAUGCAUGAAGCUUGCCUUUCCAUUGAUGAAAAAUGCAGGGUGUUGACAGUCCAUGGAUCCAAUGAUAAAUUUGUCCAUAUCGAGGAUGCAAUGGAGUUUAACAAAUUCAUAGCAAACCACAGAUUACAGAUUAUAAAAGGAGCUAAUCAUGGAUACACUUCUCACCAAGAACAACUUGCUUCAGCAAUUCUGAAUUUCAUCAAGGACACCCGGCUAUGA